AUGGAAUCUGCUACUAAGUCAAGCAACAUAGUGUAUACAAAAGAUGAAUUGCUCGAAAUUCGGGAGGCAUUUAUGGCUGUUUGUGACCCUAGUAAAUAUCCUAUUAUUAAUUCCGUGAUAUCUCGUGAUCCUGAGAAGCGCCCCAAUUUCCGUAAGCAUAAGCCUACUGGGGACGGGAUUACCAUUCCUAAUCUUACACCGAGAAGGAAUGAGCAUUAUGCGGGGUCUUAUGAAACGAAUGGUGAAGGCUCAUUUCCGCAUUCUGCCGGCUGGAGACGAACACGUCGCACAUCUGGUACCUCUGUUCCACAAUCUCCUCUUGACGCUCACAGUGCUCAUCGAAAUAACUCAGGUAGUUCGAAUAGUGAGGAGAAUGGAAAUAACUCGGUGACCGAAGGUGGUGGGCAGUUUCGAAGGGAAUUUGAUUGGACAUUAGGUUGUGGCAAAUGGAGGCAUCGGUCUACUAGCGGCUCGGAAAGAUUGGGUCAUAAGGGUGGGUUUUUUGUGAGUGCUGGUCGUGGUCGUGGACGCGGUGGUGGUAAUGGAGUUGGCGGUAAUGAUGGCAAUGGUGGGGGUUUUACAGGUCCCCCAAGGGGUAGGGGUUUUAUGCGUCGACCUUUCCAACAUGGUACUCCUGGACCUUCCCGGGGUGGUGCUCGUGGCGGUUUAAAACAUACACCCUUCAACAACCUUGGCCCGGAUCACGGUCCAAAGGAAGAGGAUUUUGAACCGCAGGACGAACAGCAUCUCCAGCAAUACCAGCAUUUCCCUCCUCACUCACAGCAUCAAUUCCAUCGUCAUGAUGCUAGAGGCCCAUGUGAUGGAGGCCAGCUGGAUCAGGAGAAACAAGAGGAGGUUCCGCCAUCUUUGGACAAUCAUUCACAACUGCAAGCCUCGGUGUCGAACAGGCCGUCUGAACAGGUUCAUGAGCACACCCCUCAAUUUAAUUCUCCACUACAUCACGCACCGGACAUAUCAACUAGCAAUCCUACCGAGACUGCAACUACUAAUGCACCAAGUGGUGCUGGUUACACUUUUGUGUCCUCUAAUUCCCCACCCCUACCUCCACACCUCUUAAAACCCCAGUCGUCGUCGCAUGUUCAGACUGGUCUCAAUGAGACUCAGGCCCCUCAUCCAACUAUGUGGUAUUAUUACGAUCCUCAUAACAACAUUCGCGGUCCCUUCAAUGAUGCUACCAUGGGAGCAUGGUAUGAGGCCGGGUAUUUCAAAUCGGGUAUUGAGAUGCGAAGGGAAUGCGAUAAGGUCUUUUCCAAAUUGAGCGAAUACGAAAGCAGACUUGGUGGCCAUCCAUUCAUAAAUUCGAGAAGUCUCGCCCCGAUUGAAAAUCCACUGCCAAACUCCGCAACCCUCCAAUCCCAACACCAGCCAAUGAUUAAUCCCCUCGGAAACAUACUCUCUUCGCCACUUUCUGGCAUGAUCGCAGGUGGCCUCCCAAUUUCCAUGGAUUUACUUCGUCCGCCGAUUUUAACUCAACAACACCAAACAAUGCGAUCUCCUCAACAAGCUUCGUCGCCAUCAAUGCAAGAUCCUACAUCGGCCUCAAAGACGCUGCUCGAUUUGGCCAGUAUGAGUCAAAUGACGCUAAUGGAUAUGCUGCGCUUGAGGCAGAUCGCUCAACUUGCGGCUAACUCCUCUAGUCAACCAUCUGGGUCCGUAAUAGACGGGAAAAAUAUUGCUGAUGCUCUCGCUGCACUCAAUAUUGGUCUUUCUGUCAAUCCAACUCCUCAACCACCUCCACAACCAGCUAGUCUCCCUCCAAAUGUCAUCGAUUUGCAGCAGCUAGAGGCAGCUAUUCACCGAAAACAACAGGAGGAGGAAGAGGCGCAAAAACGUGCAGGUGCAGAAGGAGAUGGGGCUCGCCAAUGCCAAGACCAAGAGCUUGAAGCUGCUAAGCUCACUGAAGUUGAAAAAGAUCCGAUAGAGAAAGAGAUUACUGCUCCUCAGCUACAAAAGAAACGAAAGGAAAAGGCCAAGAGGGUUGUUUCUGCUCAGGAGGAACAGCAAAAGCCCGGAGAAGAGCCAAAACAAACCAUGGCACCGGUUGUUGAACAGGAGCAGCAACCGAUUGUGGCAACGACAUCUAGUGCAUCUAAAAAGAAGAAGAGGAAGUCUAAGAAUGCUGGUGGUGGUACUGCAGCUGAGACUAAACCAGAUGAGAUAGAAAAAAUUACGGCUGUUAAUACUGAUUUUAUUGAACCCGAGGAUGGCUGGGUUGCUGUGCCUCCCUCGGGUUCAACAUUCACUCCUCAACCAGUGCCACAGAAUGCCACUCUUUGGCAUCAGCAGGAGAACACUACUAGAAAGUCAAAGAGGAAAAAAGGAAAACUCAGUGCUGCAGAGUUGCAACAACAGGCCUGGGAACAAGAAGAGGAGCGUCGUCGGAAAGCUAACGCUGAGCGCAUCGCUCGUGAGGAGGCUGAGAAGGCCGCUUUGGCUGCUGCAUUAGCAGAGGAAGAGGCCGCUGCCGCUGGUAAUGUGGCAGCUUCCGGCAAUGCCAAGUUGACAGCAGCUGCGCGUCGCCAACUGGAAGAGGCUCAACGUGUCCGCCAGCACCAGCUGGCUCGAGAGGCAGCCAAGAAGGAAGCGGAGACGAUUUUGGCAAGUUUUAAGUUACCUCCGACUGCCAAGUGGGGUGAAGCAAACAAAAAUGUUGCCAGUGCCGCCACCACUUCUAUGGCGGACAUUCUUGCUUCCCAAAUGCAAGAGGAGGAGUUUGAAUCAAUGAAGCCUAACGCGGGUCAUGCAACUUUCGCCUCCAAGGUGGCAUCUGGUACCCACGCUCAUCAACCAGCACCAAGCAAAACUGCCGGAAAGCCCAAAUUCUUCGUGGCUGUUGAACCUCAAUCUUCGCCACAGGUGGGAACCAAGCAGCAGCAGCAGCAACCUAUGAAACAGCCUCCAAAGUCGUCUCAAAAGGCGCCCCCUCCUGCUGCUGCUUCCAAGGCAAAUCAAUCUGCAGCUGUAGCACCAAAAGCGUUGAAUGUGACUUCAAUUUGGAACAUGGCUGCUGACACCAACUCUACUGCCAAAUCGGCCAACACAAAGAAGGAUCGCAAGAAGAAGAAGGCCAAUCUGCUGACAGGUUCGAUCAUAACGCUGACUCCGAAGGCAAGGCAGGAGCUGGAGAAGUGGUGUGUGAACAAGCUAUCGGCCUUCCAGACCGGAAAUGUCGACAUUCCUACUCUCAUAUCUGUACUCUGUGACAUGGAGGAAGAUCAAGAUAAUAUUCUCAGAUGCCCGUCUUCCUAUUCAUAA